CCAAGAUUAAUAAUCUUCAGCCCCGAAUCUUACUGUAUCAAAAUUAUAGAUACAUAUAUCUUACAUAUAAACUCGACAUCCAAUACCUAAUACUUGAAUUAUCAUUGACCUUCCCUCCUCGAAGUAAUCAUUCUCAACUGUCGUCCAAAGAUGUCCGAUCCAAACCCUUCAAACGGCGCAACGGUCGCCUCACUCCCACCCGCAGCCAUAGCUUUAGCAACCAGGAUGUACGACGCAGCUCGAAAUGGGGAUGUCGAGAUUUUCGAACAAGCUUUACCUCGAGGACUACCGGCUAAUAUGACAAAUGAGAAAGGUGAUAGUCUCAUAAUGUUAGCAGCCUACCACGGUCAUGCACCACUCGUUCGACUUCUUCUUCAGCAUGGUGCGAAUUCCAACUCAUUGAAUGAUCGAGGACAAUCUCCUUUAGCAGGUGCUGUCUUCAAGGGAGAAUCUGAAGUUAUCGAGGCAUUACUCGAAGGCAAUGCAGAUCCAGAACAUGGUUCUCCAAGCGCAAUGAGAGCCGUAGAAUUAUUCAAGCAAGAAGAGAAAUGGCUAAAGAAGUUUGAGGAGGCGCCUGGCAGAGGAAAGGCUUUGUAGAGAAUAGGAAUAGGGUACGGUGUUUUCGUUCAGACGAUAAUCGGGUCUCGAGAGGUGUUAGGUCUUCUAGGUUAUGUACACUAUUUGACAUUGAAUCUGCAGUACGUUUCCGUAUUGUCAUAAUAAUCAAUUGCUG